CUCCAGAAGUUUCAGCAGAAGGUUCUGAAGCAAACUAAGCAGAAGAAAUCCAAGUCGGCUGAAUUUCUGAUGGUUAAAGAAGCUAGAGAAGCUACGGAAGGCACUGGAAAUCCAGCUUUUAACAUGAGCAGCCCAGAUCUCUCAGCACAUCAGACUUCAGAAAAGAAAGUUAUUAGACAUGACAUGCUGGAUCGCACCCUUGCAGCUCACCAACAAAAAUUCAGGCUGCUAGCCUCUGCUGAACCAAAAGGAAAUGAAUACAGCAGAAAUUACUUUGACCCACUGACGGAUGAGGAAAUAAACCCAAGGCAGUAUGGGAUGGAGGUCAGCGGAGAGGCUGAUAAUAGAAUUCUCUGUGAUCGAUUAACGGAGCUGUUUCAUGAGAGUGGGCAAGGAGGACCCCAAGAUGAGAGCAUUGUGGAGGAGACUUUCCGUUCUGGAGAGCUGGCGAGUUCUGGUAAGAUUCUUGGACUCUACAAAGAGGACGGUGAAGCCACCUCAGCUUACAGUGAGGAGAUUGAAAGAUACGCCCAGAGAGACAUAAUUCUGCCUGGAAGUUCUUCACUGGAACAGAGUCGGUCACCUCAGCCUCUUCAAAUACAGAUGAAAUGCAUAAGGGGUCUCAAGAACAAGGCUCCCCAAGGCUCCUACUUCCUCAAAGUGUCCCUGCUUGGUCGACCAGGUGGCCGUGUCUUGCCGUGGUGCCUGAUGGAGCAGCUGAAGACCAGAACACACCCACUGAGGCAUGAUGGAAAUUUUUAUGAUGUGGGGCUGUAUUUCCACGAAAGCCUUUAUGUGGUACUCCCGUCUAAGAAGGAUGUGAAACCUGGUGCAGCUUUCUUGUUUGAACUCAUUCUCCUUCGUGGGAAAUCUGCUUGUCUCCACCAAGUUGUGGGCUGGACAACUUUCCCUUUGUACGAUAGCAAUUUGGAUGUAGUGGAGGGAAAAUUCAAGUGUCCACUUCUCCGAGGACAUUAUGACCAGAAACUCGACAACUUCAGGAAAAUUGAAGAUUUGAUUUGCUUGGACCUGGACCACUGGCUGUGCAAUCUCUACUUUCAGGUAGUUAAACUUCCUCUACAUUUGGAUGACCAAAACAACCAUGAAAGACGUAUUCAGCUUCCCCCUGAAUUUCCAGUUUGUUUAGUGGCUGAAGCAGAGAAAGCAGAAUCAGGUGUCGAUAACACAGCUGGCCUUUCAGAGAAAGAAACAGAGAAGAACAUUUGUGCCUCAAGGGGUGACGAAGCUAAAUCCUCCUCACUCCCAUCUCAAGGAAGCGUUUCUAACAAAAUUGGUCCCUGCCCUACGGACUGUGGUCUCAAUCUCUCAAAAGAAGACCAUGAAUUACACAAUAAGGUAGAAAGUAAUUUGGUCUUCAAAGCAGGUUUUGAAGUGCAGGGCAUACUAAAGCAGCUGACGUUGGUGAAAUCAUCUGUGAAGGAAACAUCAACUGCUUGGAAAACUGGAGAAACUGAAGAUUAUUCUCAGGAUACAUCUUAUUUGGAGGAACUGGAGAAACACAGAUUUUCAGUUUGCUGUUCUUCAGUAGCUGAUAGUACUGGAUCUGGAGAAUUCUUCAAGCAUCUCUAUUUUGUGCUGGCAUCAGUGUUUUCAGAACUUCAGUUCGCUCAAUGGCAAAGCCAGGGCUUCUGGUACAUUAUCUUGCUGACGGCUUCUCUCUGGUUCCUGCGGCUCUACCUGCAUUACCUCAGCCAGUGGCUUUUCCUCCAGGCCAUUUCAAUUCCUGUUACAAAAUUCCAUUUUUCCCCGCUCACGGUUGAGCUCUGCUACCCAACCUCUUUACUUCGCAUCGGAGAAGAGUUGCUUGUGGUUGUGAUGGGGCCUUUAAUGCUGAACGCAAUGGUACUUCCCUUGGUUCUGAUCAGAUGGGGCUGUCAGGUACUGUUUGCCUUCUGCCCUGAUGUCCUGUCAAAGUUAAUCAUCACCAUGGGACUAUGGACAGUUCUGGACCCACUGGCAGUGUUUAUUGUGGAUACUGUCCUGGGGCGGCUUUCACAUGAUGGGGAGACUCCUGUAGCUGAUGCAGCAAAGCUGUACUGGAUGUUUGAAAAAACCAUGCAGUCAGGAAUCCUUGGUGUGGUGCUCACGGUGCUACUUUACGUGCUCCUGUUCAUCAUUUCAUCUUUGAUUUUAUAUUUGUAUUGUCUCAGAUUGCACAAUGAUUCCUGGAUAUUAGACGCAUUUCAGCGCAUCCACAGUGAAGAAACCAAGUUUUUUAUACCAUACGAUUUGGAGAUUUCCAAUCAGGAACUAAGCUAUAUAGUAAAAAGAUCUGAGCAAUGGAGAGGACUCAAUGGUGAGAGAAGGAAGAUAGCAUAA